AUGGGUGGAUUUGGGGUUGAGUAUCAUCAACCACGGGUUAGACUGUUAGAGACGUUCCCGGCUCCGCCAUCUCCUCCGCCGUCUCUCUCCGCCAUCUCCUCCGCCGUCUCUCUCCGCCAUCUCCUCCGCCGUCUCUCCGCCACAAACCCACCCAUCAGAUCUUUGAUUUUCAUCGGCAAUCACUUCAAAACAGUCAGAUUAAGAAUAAAUUUCACCUUCUGGCGAAAGUUGCAGACUUAUUUGAUUAUUAUUUUGAAAGGUAUGUCAAACAACUCGGAAUUUGGACAACAUAGUGUAGAAGGGGAACAUGAGGAUGAAGGCAAUUCAUAUAGUUCGGGUAAACAUCGUUCUUAUGUUUGGGACUAUUUUGAACCAUUACCGGUUGCACCCAAUGGGGACAAAAAAGCAAAAUGCAGUGCUUGCGGACAUGUGUAUGUUACGAAUGCAAGCUCGGGAACAUCUAACUUAAGACGACAUAUCCCUAAGUGUUUUGAUAUUGAUGGGCCUGGUCCGGCGAAAAAACAAAGAUGCGCCCCUUUAGAUCAAGCGAUGUACAGGGAGAUGUUGGCGAUUUCAAUUAUCAAACAUAACUACCCUUUCAGUUAUGUUGAACAUGAGGAAACAAGAAAGUUGCACAAAUUUCUACAUGGUAAUGUGAAAUUCAUAACAAGAAAUACUGCAAAGGCGGAUGUCUUAAAAAUAUACGAGCGAGAGAAGAUGAUUAUUAAAGACAAGUUAGAAAAGGUAACCGGUAGGAUAUGCUUGACUUCUGAUUUAUGGAGUUCGAUCACGACAGAUGGAUUUAUGGCAUUAACAGCUCAUUAUGUUGAUGAGAACUGGAAUCUAAGGAAAAAAGUGCUAAACUUUAGAGUUAUACCCCCUCCACACAGUGGUUCCAUUUUAGCAGAGCACUUGAUCAAUUUUUUAGCAGAUUGGGGCAUCGAGAAAAAAGUUUUUACCAUCACACUAGACAAUGCAAAAUACAAUGACAUAUUAGUAGAUCGUUUGAAAGGUCAUUUGCGUUUGAAUAACGCAUUAGUGUGUGAUGGAGAUUAUACUCAUGUGCGUUGUUCAGCGCACGUGCUAAAUCUUAUCGUUCAAGCCGGAUUGAAAGCAAUUGAAGGGGCCAUUGAAAAGGUUCGAGAGUCGGUGAAAUAUGUGAGAGCAAGUGCUGCUAGGAAGUAUAAGUUUGCGGAAUGCAUACAAAUACUUUCACUACAAUGUGGGAAGCAUGUUCGUCAAGAUAUUGUAACGAGAUGGAACUCUACAUAUCUUAUGCUUGAUUGUGCAUUAGCUUAUCAACGGGCUUAUACUCGGUUAGCCUUAGUUGAUUCAGCUUUUAAAACUUCUCCGUCAGAAGAGGAAUGGGCAAGGGUGGAAACAAUGACACGACUUUUGAAACCUUUUUAUGAAAUCACUACUUUGUUUUCUGGAAUCUCCUAUCCGACCUCGAACUUAUAUUUUCAUCACGUGUGGAGAAUUCAGUUGUAUAUUGAAGAGGAGAUGUGCAAUGCGGAUCAAGUUAUUAGUGACAUGGCGAAAGACAUGAAAGAAAAGUUUGAUAAAUAUUGGAAAAAUUAUUCCAUGAUUUUGUCUUUUGCGGUUAUUCUAGAUCCUCGGUACAAGGUUAAGCUUGUUGAAUAUUGUUUUUCAAAGCUUAACAUGACAUUUGAAGAGCGUGAAAUGAAAUUGAAGUGUAUUGUGGAUGGUAUGCAUAAGCUAUAUGAUACGGAGUAUAAUAUUCAAUCGAAGACAAUGCAUGAUUCUUUAAUACCCGAGAGUUCAAAUGUUGGUGGCAAUACGCUCGAUGAGAUGGAUGGGUUCGAUACAUUUCAAAGCCAAUUCAAAGUUGCUGAUAAUAAAAAGUCACAGUUGACAUUGAAAAUCAAGUAA